GUAGUUAGUUGCAGCAGGUGCUUGUGCUGUGACUUGUCUCUGAAGAGUGGUCGUUACACAUUUUGUGCAGAAAGCUGUUCCCUCACUAUGAUGAAAGGCCACGAUACUAGACUGUUUCCUUUGUGGUUGGCGUCCUGCCUUCUUCUGGGGUGUGGUGUUGGUCUUUCCUUUGGACAGAAUGAAACAGAACCAGUGGUUUUGGAGGGGAAAUGUUUGGUGGUAUGUGACUCGAACCCAUCCGCAGAAGGAGGGGUAACAUCAUCGUUCGGAAUAUCUGUUCGGGCAGCCGGAGCUAAAGUGGCGUUUUCUGCAGUUAGAGGAACCAACCAUGAGCCCUCUGAUAUGAGCAAUCAAUCUAUGACCAUCUACUUCGAUCAGGUACUAGUCAAUAUUGGAAAUCACUUCGACCUCAGGUCCAGCAUAUUCCAGGCACCAAGAAGAGGGAUAUACAGUUUUAGUUUCCAUGUUGUGAAGGUUUACAAUCGACAAACUAUUCAGGUAAAUCUGAUGCACAACGAGUACCCAAUUAUAUCAGCUUUCGCUGGUGAUCAGGACGUGACUCGUGAAGCUGCAAGCAACGCAGUUCUCCUUCAAUUGGAACGCGAAGACAAGCUCUACCUGAAACUGGAACGCGGGAAUCUGAUGGGUGGAUGGAAGUACUCCACAUUCUCUGGCUUCCUUGUAUUUCCACUCUAAUUUGACCCAUGGUCAGAACAUUUCUGUUGUGCAACCCUCGGUCUCAAUUCGGAUAACGUCCAAGGAUUUUUAUUAUUUACUGACUUUGGUCUUUCACAAUGAAGACAUCAUCUGAGACACCAACAUUUCAAAACCCAUCUAGUGAAAGCGUAUGCAAUGCUGAGAAUCUUGCAGUCAAGACGAGUUGGUAGGCAGUUGCAAGGCUGUUUACAGUUUUUGGAGUUUUCUUAGAAAUGCACGAGUCGUGUUUAGUUUGGUAUUCUGUUCUGGAUUGUUUCUGGAUUUUGCUGUACUUUCAAGUAAAUACGGCGCAUUUGAUGUAAUCUUCAAAAUCUCGGUUGAAUUUUAGUUUCACUCUGUUUCAGAAAUAUUCAAAAGACCUGCAUUUUAUACUUGAAUGUAUUUAUGAAAAAGUAGCAUUAGGAAUGUAAUGAGUUGUUAUAUCGAUAUAAAUAUGUAUACAUAUUUUACAUUAACACUAUCGCCAAAGUAAAGUAGUUAAGAAAACAAACAAUUUCUUCCAAAGCCCUGUCCAUGGUACUGAAAACACCAGCAAUGUUUUUUUAGUAUAGAAAAUCUGUGUUGGAAAAAAACGUUACACACUUGAGAGACAACUUCAAAUAUUCAAUAUACAUAGUGAACAAUUAUACAGUCUUUACUUUAAAACCAGUGCAUUCUGUAUGCAGAAAAGAUACCUAGCAUGUUCUGGCGUGGAGUUAAUCAGAUUUUUCUUUUACUCUUACCUAUUCGAUAAUAGUGCUCAAGAGUUUCAUAAGACAACCCCAUAUUCUUUAGUAAUUAUAAACACAAUGUGGGGAUGAAUGUCUCUAACAGCUUUACUGUAAACACCCGUAAUUUGGAUGAGUGCCAAAAGCAGGGUUGGCCCUUGCAUGUGCAUCAUUAAGGCUCCUCUUCAUUUUGGGUUAGAACCUCAAGCAAUGUGUGUAAUGGAUAAGAUGGGUUAUUGUACUCUUAGAACUCAGCACAGCUCAACCACCGACAAGCACAUAUCCUGCCCAUUAUCAAUGUGUACACUAUAUAUGGUAAAUACUAUAGAUGUCAGGCAAUCAAAACUGUGAGAUUCUCGGGUACCUUGAGGUGGCAUAGGAGUGAUGGCCAGAUCCUCUAUGGAACCAAUAUUACUGCACCAUUACAAUGGAUACUUUAACAAAAAUCUGUGCUUUGAAGAUAAGUCUAGUUGUAUAGUUUGUAUUUUAUUGUUUGUAAAAACUUUGGAAUCCCUUUCCAAUGUAAUGGAACUUCAAAGAGGCAUGGAUGAACUUCCCAUAACAAUAUUUGUCUUGGAAAAUGGAUGGAAGGAAGCUGUCACUAAUUCUUUAAAGAUGCUUUAACAAUCGGCAUUCUGACACUGGUGCAGCAGCCACGGCAGCAUCAUGAAGAGUGACUGUGAGCAAAGCUUAGAUGAAGUCUAAAAUCAGGUCAGACAAAAACUGCUCUGUCUCUCAAGCAGUUGUUUAAGAACACAGACACACACACACAUACACACACACACACACACACACCACACACAUACACACAC